AUGGUGGAAUUGUUGCUGAUGGCCAGAUCUGAUGUUUGUAAAGUUCAAGACAAGGAUCAAAGAACACCUCUACAUCUAGCAGUAAUGAACAAUCGAGUGGAGAUCAUGGAAGUACUAACGGAAGAAGGACGACCCAUACUCGAAACACUUCUCCUAAAGAAUGCUCAAAAUGGUGAGACAAUACUACAUUUCUGUGUUAAAAAUAAUUGUAGUAUUGAGACCCUCGACCUAUUGGCAGACAAGUUUGAUAUUGCAAGGGCUUCAGAUUCAAGUAUUAUUAUCAACUCUAGAGAUUAUAAUGGCAAAACAGUUCUACAACUUGCUGCGGAAACUGGAAAAAUUGAGAUGGUACAAUACUUACUGGAAAGUAGAAAUCUGAAACGUGAAAUAACUGAUGCCGACUUUGAUGACGCCUUGAAUGCUUUAACACCAAAAAAUACGGAUAAGCUACAAGCCAUGUUUCUUAAGUAUGUUGGAGACAGUAAGAAGCAUAAGAGUAAUACUUUUUUUAGAAAGGUUGAUAAGCUUAAAGGGCAGAAAGAGAGGGUUAAUGCAUUAUUGGUGGUGGCCACAUUGAUAGCAGGAAUUGCCUUUGAAGCUGCAAUGAACCCACCUGGUGGAGUUUGGAAAGAAGAUUCUGAAGUUAAAUCUUGUACUGAGCCCGUUAAAUUUGGUUAUUAUCUUAAUCAAAUGUAUUGGGUUAUGGAAAACUUCCUUGCCCUUAAAUCUCCAACACAAAAUCCAUGA